CAAACUGGUUAAUUUGGUGAAGCACGGGCUUGACGGACCAGUGGAGGUACGCGUGAAUCUGAACAACCUGAGUGCCAAGGAGCGACACAACUAUAUACUUAGUAAUUACGUGCUUAACCUACCGAAUGAGACGGAAUCACGUCGGCACAAGCGAGACAUCGAUGUAAUCCGAGAGAAUCACCGCUUCCUGUGGGAGGACGACGAGUUGGAUAGCGACACCCUAAGCUGGGAGCAGCGCUUGGCCCUGCGAUACUACAGGAAGCUAUUUAAGGAGUACUGCAUCGCGGACCUGUCCCGCUACAAGGAGAACAAGAUAGCGCUGCGCUGGCGAACGGAGCAGGAGGUGGUCACCGGAACCGGGCAGUUCCAGUGCGGCAGCCGGCAUUGCGGGGAGCGGGAUAAUCUGCGCAGCUGGGAGGUAAACUUUAGGUAUAUCGAAAAGGGUGAGCCCCUAAAUGCGCUGGUCAAGGUGCGGCUGUGUCCCACCCACACGGAUCAGCUGAACUACCGCACCAAGAAGAGAGAAUGCAAGAAGCGGAGACGCAGGGAAAAGGAGGAACGGCGCGCUGAAAAGAAACGUAAGCGUCGAAAACUCGAUGUUGGUCACGAAAGUUCUGGCGAAGAGGAGGAGGAGCCUGUCGAACCAGCAUCCGAAUCCCAUCCAGAAGCCAGCAAGGAGCCCACAGACUCAAAGGAUGCCACCACGGCAGACGAACAGAUCUGGCAACAACAACCCGAUAUAAGCCGAGAGCAAGCCUCCAGAGAGCAGGAAUUCGAGCGAUAUCUAGAGGAUCUCAUUUUUUAAAAUACAUAGCACAUUUAUUUGGAUUCAACGUAGACACUAGUGCUCUUUUUUAUAGUUACUGGCCGCUAGAUGCGUUCGCUUACGAACUACGAUGUACAUGUACACUCACAUUUACAGGAUUAUUCACAAGAACUGCGUGUUAAAACCGACACCAAAUCUAAAGUUGAACUGGACAUUAAGGCUGUGACUCUGAUUGAUUUUUGGAAACAUUUCCGAAUGGCUACAUUUCAGGCAUGCACCUAGUUCAAUCGCUAUUUCUAUAUCCAUCGAAUGCAAAUCGAAGGUUCGAAAAUACAAUACUAUUUCACCUUACGUUUGUGGUCAAAACAAAUUGUUGAAAUCCAGCCACUGAAGAGUUUCUAAAUAUAAAUCGCUCUAG